AUGUAGUAAAGAUUAAAGCGAAAGGUAGCAGAAUUCAGGCCACUUUUGCCUUAUCUUUUAUCAGACGAAGGUAUUCCAAAUCUAAUUGGAACGGCAUCGAAUUGCUUGCAGAUUUCCACCUGGAAUUGAGAGAAUUAUGCAACAGUUUGGAACAACGGAGCGCCUGCUCCAUUUCACCGUGUGUAUUUCUAUGUCUCUGCCUAUAUAACCUGGAACAAUCAUGCUUCUUUGCUAUCCUUCCCCUAAUAACUAGUUUAGUUCCUGCAUUGCAGUCACACCAAACCUCCUCAAAAACCAAUAACACCGGACACAACCAUGACCGAAGUUGUCUCGAGCAUCCUCGGACCUCUUCUGCAGAAACUAGCUUCACCCGCAGUUGAAGAUUUUCAACUGGUGUGGAGCGUCAAGGAUGACCGAGAGAAGCUCAAGAACACGCUAGAAAUGAUCCAAAAGGUGCUUGCUGAUGCUGAGCAGAAACAAACAAAAGAGGAAGCUGUGAGGCUUUGGUUGUUAAAGCUUGAAGACUUCUGCUAUGAUGCCGAGGAUGUGCUAGACGAAUUUGAAAGUAGGGCUUUGUGGUGGCGGGCGAGGUCGACUUUCAAAAGGAAGGUAUGCUACUUGUCCUCGUGGCUGUCCAACUUCAGCUUCCAAUUUAAGAUGGCAGAUAAAAUGAAAGAAUUGGGAAAGAGACUUGAUAGGAUCAAUGAAGAGAAAAUUAAGUUCAACUUGUUGAGUGAUGUUCAUGAAAUGCCUAUAGUUCUGCAAAGGGAAACUCAUUCUUUUGUACCCACUUCAAAAGUGAUCGGAAGGAACGUGGAAAAGAAAAAAAUAAUAGAGUUGUUGAUGGGGUCAGAUGAUGGUAAUGUUGGAAAGAUAGGCGUCAUUCCGAUUAUUGGAAUGGGGGGCAGUGGAAAGACGACCCUCGCUAAAUUGGUUUACAAUGAUGAUGAAGUUAAAAAACAUUUUGAUUGCCUAGUUUGGUUAUCCAUGCCAGUAGAAUUCCAAGUUACGGAGAUAAUAAUAGACAUCAUUAAGUCUCUUGGUCACAAAGAAGAAUAUGAUAAACUUGACAUGCUGCGAAAUUGCCUAAGAAGCAUGGUGGAGAACAAAAGGUGUUUGUUCGUGAUGGACGAUGUGUGGGAAGUAACGGAGGAUGCUUGGAGAGAACUGACAGAGUCUCUAGAAGGCGUUUCCGAAGGGAGUAAAGUCAUUGUGACUUCACGGAAUAAAUCGGUCGCCUCAAUCAUGGGCACUGUCCCCCCGCUUAAGUUGGCCAACCUUUCGAAGGAAGAUUCUUUGACUUUAUUUGUGAAGUGUGCAUUUGAUCAAGGGCAAGAGAAGAAUCACCCGGACCUUAUGGUGAUCGGGGAGGAAAUUGUGAACAAGUGCAAGGGAAAUCCUCUGGCAGUGACGACUUUGGGAUGCUCAUUGCAUUCAAGAAACAACCGGAAGGAGUGGGAAUAUGUAAGAGAUAGUAACAUGUGGCGAUUAAAAACUAAUAUUUUACCUUCCCUAAGAAUAAGCUACGAUCUAAUGCCGUCAUAUUUGAAGCAAUGUUUUGCUUAUUGCUCGAUAUUCCCGAGGAAGUACGAGUUUGCCAACAUUGAAUUGAUCCACCUGUGGAUCUCGAAUGGAUUUAUCCAAUCGAGCGGAAAUAAUCAGGAGCUGCAAGAGAAAGGACGGCAGUAUUUGGAGGAGCUGCGAUCGAGAUCCUUCUUCAAUGUUGUUUGGGAAGCAUAUCCUUUGCUGUGCAUAGGGAUGCACGACCUCAUUUAUGAACUUGCCAUUUCGGUGGCACAACCCGAAUCGUCCAACAUCAGAGCGUGGACGCGGGAUAUUUCCUGGAGGACUCGGUAUAUAUCAUUUCCCAACCCAUCUGGUGUACCAAAAGAUGAAGUAAGCGGCUGCUUAAGCAAAGUGAGCCGUGUUCGUACAAUUGUGUGUUGGGGGUUGGGAUCCUCUGACUCUGAGUUCUUUCUGGAGACAUGCAUUUCGCAAUUCAAGCACUUGCGAGUCCUAUGGCUACAAGAUUCUAGCUUUCACCUACUGCCUCGUUCCAUUGGCCGUCUAAAACACUUGAGGUAUCUUAGUUUAAACGGCAACAGUUAUAUCAAGAAACUCCCCAAAUCGGUCUGUGAGCUUUACAAUCUGCACACCUUAAUUCUUGGCGGGUGCAAUGAACUUGAGGAAUUGCCCACAAGCAUCAAGCAUAUGAUCAGCCUCCGUUUUUUGUGGGUAACCACAAAACAGCAACAUUUCCUGAAGAGCGGAAUAGGAUGCUUAACCUCUCUAUGGUGGCUAGGCAUUGCCGAGUGCAAGAAUUUGGAGGCCUUGUUCGAUGAUAUCCAAUCGCUCACAUCACUCCGUACGUUGUUGAUUGUCGAUUGUCCGAAGUUGACCUCCUUACCACAAGGCAUCAAGAAUCUGAAGGCAUUGGAGGAUCUCUUGAUUUUGGACUGCGAGAGCUUGAGGCUGCCAGAAAGCGAAAGUAAUGGACCACGCUCCAUGUCGAGGCUUCAAACCUUCAGAUUCCAGGGAUUACCGGGAUUAAUUUCGUUGCCUGGGUGGCUCGAAGGUUCUGCAAGUACACUGCAGAGGAUAAGAAUUACGUAUUGUCCCAAAUUGAGCGCAUUGCCUGAGUGGCUGCAAAAUUGUUCUUCUCUGAGGACACUGGAGAUUGAAAGCUGUCCCGAAUUGUCCUCUUUGCCAGAUGGCAUUCGCCUCAUCCCCACAUUGACAAAGUUGCGGAUAUCCAAUUGCGAGAAAGUGAGUAGUUGUGGAGAAGACUCAGAAGUACAUAGUGGAGAAGAUUGAUUAAAAUUGAUCCACCGCCACGCGAGGCCUUGGAAUAUGAAGAAACAAUCAUUUCCACGAGAGCGGUGGAUAUUUAAUUGUGAGGGAUUCAGCAAGGACACCGAUGUUCGAAGAAGAAGAUAAUUGCGAAUAAAUAUCUAAAUAUGUAGAUGUUGUCUCGUAAGAUAUUUUCUUAUAAGAAUGAGAGUGGUAAUGUCUAGCCAACAGCUUGGCCACUCUAGAAAUAUCUGUUUGCUUAUGAGUGUGUAAAGAUUUCUCUUGGCCAAUAUUAUAGAAAGUGCCUCUAAUAAA